AAUUGAUGCUGUGUUGAUUAGUGUUUUGGUCGUCCAUUCCACAUUGCUAAAAGGAGAGAGUUGCUGAUUGAAGGGGUUUUAGUUGAUAUCUCUCGCACAGAAGGACAUUGUUUUGGUGAUAAAAAUCUGGGAAGAUGACUACAUUAUUACCUCAAAAGACUGAAGGGACAUACACCUUUGCUAGUCAACCAAGAGCUGUACAACAGAGACGAAAGUACAGAGAAACAGAACAGCAAAAUGAAGGUCCAGCACCAUAUGGCAACAUUAUGUAUGAUAGAAGAAUUGUGCGAGGAAACACAUAUGCACAACACACACUACCAGCAAGAGCACAGCCAGACCCUAUUGAGAUUCAGAGACAACAAGAGGCAAGGCGGCGUGCAAUUGCUAGAAAAAGAGCAAAAGAACAGCUUCGUCCCAGAUCUCCCGAGGCAGUAGAAGGGCGUAAGCACAUUGAUGUUCAAACAGAACUAUACUUGGAAGAACUGAGUGACCGUGUUGAAGAGGCUGAUGUUGACUGUCAGACAGAUGCCUUUCUGGACAGACCUCCUUCUCCUAUGUUUAUCCCUGCCAAGACUGGUGUGGAUAUUGCUACACAAAUUCUAGAAGGAGAGCUUUUCGACUUUGACAUUGAAGUCAAGCCAAUUCUGGAGGUGUUGGUGGGUAAGACAGUGGAGCAGUCUCUGUUGGAGGUAAUGGAAGAGGAGGAACUGGCGAAUCUUAGGUCGCAGCAAAGAUCCUUUGAAGAACUGAGAAACGCAGAACUUGUGGAACAACAGAGGCUAGAGGAACAAGAGAGGAGGCAUAGAGAAGAAAAGGAACGUCGCAUGAAACAACAAAGAGAAAUUCUUAGAAAAGAAAAAGAAACAGCAGACAAAAUUGCUGCGCGUGCCUUUGCCCAAAGCUACCUGGCAGACUUGGUGCCUUCAGUUUUUGGAACGCUAUCAGACAACGGAUACUUCUUCGAUCCCAUUGAAAGAGAUGUUGAACAAGGCUUUAUCCCAUGGCUUAUGGAAAGAGUGGCUGAGAGACUUGAGAAACAGAACCUUGGUCGCCUGGUCGUGGAUGGCAUUCUGCGUGAAGUGGUCAAGCAGCGGUGGGAGCAUUUUAAGAAGUAUGAACUGACCAAUGAGGUGGCAACAAAUUACCAGGAGGCUGUGGACCAGCUGGCGGAGACUGUGAAAGCAGAGGGUGAAACUGAGACUGCCCCAACGACAGAGGGACAGGCUGGAAUUGAAGUAACGAUAGCUGAAACAACUGAGGCUGAAAAGACAGAAGCUGAACCUGAAUCACAACCAGAGACAACAGAGGCUGCUGAGGAAGGAGAUGGAGGCGGGGAAGGGGAGGCUGAAGAAGAACAACAACAGCCUGUAGAGGAAUAGAAUUAAAGAUUACCUAUAACUUGAAAAUGGACAAGUUUAUAUUUUUAUUACUGCAAACAAAAGAAAAGUAUUUAUUUUAUUGAAAUUCAUGUUGUAUUUCACAAUUGCCACUACUACCAACCACAUCCAUGUUUUGAAGCCGAACAUUUGUUGAAAAUGUGACUACCAUAUCUAAGGUGCAGGAGGUCCAUGCAGGAAUAAAAAAAGGAACUUUUGAUUGAAGCUUCCAAACUGCAUCUUUCAGUUUUAUGGACUGGAGAAAUGCUUUUAGCUUCUGAUUGUGUCCAGAGUGUCAACAUGUUAUUGUAACAUAUGUGAUAUUUUUCCGUCCAUUAGCCAAGUAUAGUGACUUGCUAAUAUGUAAGUUUUAACGUAUUCAUUGUACAUAGAAUUUCAUCUUGUUUACAUCAAAUAAAAUAUUACA